GUUUUAUGAAAAAAAAGACCGAACUCUUCAGGGUGCCUCCUGCAGGGGUGGCUGCCAAACUGUAGAUGUGGGGCUCUGGCCAAGGAGAAUUGGACAUCAGUAGCAGAAGGUUAACCAGCCCUGGCCUGUUUGUCUUGCUAAGCCUGGUAACGCAAGUCCAGGGAAAGUCCAGGGAAAAUGCCACACCUUCAAAAACAGCCAAUCUGAGGCUAUGGGCGAUCCAGGCAUAACUUGCAGCUGGAAGAGACACGCUAUUCUACACCUGGUGCAUCGGAGAACAAACAGUGACUGGGACCAUUCCUGUAAAUCAUUUGGAAGUAACAGAUAACAAUAUAUCAUUCAUAUAUCUCAGAUAGCUGCUGCAAAUACUUUGUGUGCUAUCUUGUGUUUUCACAGGAUAGCCUUUCCUUUGUGUCUGCUUCGGAGUUGUCCUGGGAAAAUUGGAAACUAUGACAUUUCUUUUAGCUGGAGCCAGCAAGACUGAAAUGAACAGUUACAAUGGGAAUGGACUUGUUUAUGUUAUGAACCCUCACUUGGAUUUAAUGGAUGAAGAUAUCCUUUAUCACUUAGACUUAGGGACCAAAACGCACAAUCUGCCAGCCAUGUUUGGCGACACGAAGUUUGUCUGCGUGGGUGGGAGCCCCAACAGAAUGAAAGCUUUUGCUCAGUUCAUGCAUAAAGAACUUGGACUCGAAGGAGAUGGCAAAGACAUAAAAGAUAUUUGUGCCGGGACGGACCGAUACUGCAUGUACAAAGUCGGGCCGGUGCUCUCCAUCAGUCAUGGGAUGGGUGUUCCAUCCAUUUCUAUCAUGCUUCAUGAGCUAAUCAAAUUGCUACACCAUGCAAAAUGCCGUGAUGUUACCAUUAUACGCAUCGGUACUUCAGGGGGAUUAGGGAUUGAGCCUGGCUCUGUUGUAAUAACAGACACGGCUGUUGAUUCAUUUUUUAAGCCGCAGUUUGAGCAGGUGAUAUUGGACAAUGUGGUAACGCGAAGCACGGAACUUGAUCGAGACCUUGCUGAGGAACUACUUGAAUGUAGCAGACAGAUUAAGGAUUUCCCAUCCCUCAUUGGCCAUACAAUGUGCACUGAUGAUUUUUAUGAGGGUCAGGGACGAUUAGAUGGAGCGUUGUGUUCCUUCUCCCGUGAAAAAAAGCUGGAGUACUUAAAAAGAGCUUACAAUGCUGGAGUUAGAAACAUCGAAAUGGAGUCUACUGUAUUUGCUGCUAUGUGCAGGCUUUGUGGCCUUAAAGGGAGAAAAUUAGGCUAGAAUUGCUUCCCUCAAGCUCUUAGCACCCUCAGGCAGCUGUUGAGACCUCAGUUCAAAUAAGCAGCUGCAUCAUAGCAACUGAACUCAUAAAUACUCUUCCCUUUUCUGGAAUCUGAUCCAUAGACCCAAGGAC